AUGGUAAAUGCUAUCGUGAUUUCAUUGCCUGGUGAACAUACGACGGGAGUCCUCAUCUCGCCAAAGAAGCCAGACGACCGAGCAUGUGACAGGACGUGAAGGCAUCGUCGCAGCCUUCAUGUGGGCUGUUCUCGUCAAGUUGUCACUGAGCGCCACGCUUGAGAAGUUCAAACCGGGCGCAGGAAGAUGCUGUGGACGUCACCGACGACUUGAAAACGAGCAGCUUCGCCCGACUGACUUGUGUGGGACCUUUCGAGUCCUCGCAUUUAUUGUCCUUCACGUUCAUGUCCUUGACCGUGACAUGGCUGAGGUUCCGCCGCUCCGGGUAGACCCGGACUUUGAGCCUCUCGCCAGGCCGCGCUCCUGCACCUGGCCGCUGCCGGAGCUCAUUGACCCGGCUAGCUCCAGCUCACCUUCCCCGGCCCCGUCGGUGCAACAGGAGGCUGCGAUAAACGGCGAGUUCGGCCGCAACUUCUGCUUGCUGGAGGAGAACUAUGCAGAGGACCCCAAGUGCGACUCGCACCCGUCCCAGUGUGGGGCGGCGCACCUCCAUCAACACCUGCAGCAGCCCGCUCCUCACCUCGCGGCCCGGCAACAGGUCGUCCCGUCUGGGGCGGCGCCCUUGGGUGCCUCCAGCCAGAGGAAGAGCAGCGCGUCCCGUCGCAACGCUUGGGGCAACAUGUCGUACGCCGACCUCAUCACCAGAGCCAUCGAGAGCUCAGCCGAGAAAAGGUUGACCCUGUCCCAGAUUUACGACUGGAUGGUGAAGAGCGUGCCUUACUUCAAGGAUAAGGGAGACAGCAACAGCUCUGCCGGGUGGAAGAACUCCAUCAGACACAACCUUUCUCUCCAUAGUCGCUUCGUGCGCAUUCAGAAUGAAGGAACAGGAAAAAGUUCGUGGUGGAUGCUGAACCCAGAAGGGGGGAAGAAUGGCAAGUCGCCUCGACGCAGAGCUGCCUCAAUGGACAACAGCAGCAAGUUCUCCAAGAGCCGAGGAAGAGCCACAAAGAAAAAAAUGUCUCUACAGGACGGGCCUGAAGCAGAAGCAAGCAGUCCUGGUUCCCAGUACUCCACCUGGCUGGGGAGUCCAAGCUCCCACAGCAAUGAGGACUUUGAGUCCUGGAGCUCCUUCAGAACACGCGCCAGCUCAGACGCCAGCACCUUGAGUGGCCGGCGUUCGCCUUUCUCCCCUGAACAGGACGACCUCGGUGAAGCUGAAGGUCACCUGAUGUACCCUGGGGGGAGUAAGAUUGCCACGCCGCUCCCCAGCCUGUCUGAAGUGUCUGGAUCCAUGGGUGGCUCAGAGAUGGACAUGGAGAAUUUGGCGGACAACAUGAACCUGCUGUUUCCGAAAAAUCGCCAAAUGAGUUCUGACUCCACUAAUGUUGCCAUGCUUCAGAGCGGUCCCUACAACUCCCCCCAGCCACAACCGGACUUCCGAAAAUGCAUGUAUGAUCGGGCCAGGAUGAACUCAAUGUCCCCUGUCCCGAUGCACCCGCUGCGAGAGAACAAACGGGACUUUGGGGCUUAUGAGAACCAAUACAUCUGUCCUGGUGGCCCACUGAAAGAGUUGCUGACCUCAGAAGCAGACACCAGCAGAAACAUGAUUCCCUUUAAGGAUCCACUAAUUUCUCAUGUCGGUAGGGGCCGUUGUCCCAUGCCUACCUACGAUAGCCAGAGCCAGUUGAGGGUUCAUAACGGCGCUAAAAUGAUCCAUCCCGUGCACAGUGUGUCUGUCCGUCAUGUAAAUCCGCAUGUUAUACAUCAUCAGCGUCCUCCAACUUCCCGAGACUUGAAUAGCGGCAACAUGAUCCCCUUGACCAGUCCGAGUAGUCUCCCAGGGGCCCCUCCUCAAAUGACGAGCCUGAGGACACACAGACAACUAUCCCGUGUUCACCCGGUCACGACUAAUGAUGUCACGUCGCCCUACCGCAGCAAUGGCUACAGGGAGCUUCAUCCACAUGCUCAUCACCAGGAGCGGCUGCCCAGCGACCUGGACAAUAUGUCCAUUGAGAGGUUUGAAUGUGACAUGGAGUCUGUCCUCCAUGACACCCUCAUGGACGGCGAGGUGCUGGACUUCAAUUUUGACCCAGCUGCCGCGUCGCAAGUGUUCCCCCAGAGGGUAAAGACCACCACACACAGCUGGGUGUCAGGCUAGCUCAGUAGUUUUCAUUCGCCAGGCUUGUCCUUAUCUACCCCAAAAUAUCCAAAAGAAAUGAUACAAGGUUAGGAGAAUCUUUUGAACACUGUCAGAAUGAUGAAUAAGGGGACAGGUCAGGUGUGAAAAGAACCACAGCUAAAUAGUAACUCCAUUCCGACCAAUAAACACUUGCAGUGGUGUCAAACUGAAAUUCACAGUGGGACAGAAUCAUUGUCCAAACUCAAUAUUUAUUGAACAUUGAGUGCCAUUGUCCAUGCUUUGCCAUCUCUACAGGUAUGUAUGUAAUGUAAAACAUGACCAUUUUCACUGAAUCUGGAAUAAGCAACUUUUCAUUUUAUAAGCACGUGAUGAAUCAAAUGUCCAAUAAAAGACAUCAGAAUUUCAACAUUGGAAAUCAUCGCAAGGAAACAUUCAGAUGUGACUGGCAUUUUUUUAGUCAGCAGUUUUACAGUUACAGUUUUUUACAGAACAAUUAUUGAACAAAUAUGUAUCAUUGUCUUUUGAUUUGAAAACUAAUUAUCCAUCUUUUUUUGCCAAAUAUAAUACUAUGAUGUGGCGAUGAAACACACAACUCAGAAGAUACAUUAUAUGAUUUGACGGUCAUGACGGCCCUCUGAGAGAAAUUCUAACAACAAUGUGGCCCGUGACCAAAAUUAGUUUGACGUUCUUGCUUCAGAGCAACCCAUCGUAUACAAACUGUGUGAUAUUUAUAUUUGUUUAGUUUUCAUUGUGACUGAUGGAUCUUACCUCUGUGUGUGUAUUUUCUUGUAUUUGGCUUUAGUCUUUGUGGCUAUUAGCUUGUAUUUUUUUUUUUUUUUAUGAAUGCCAGAAUUGAAUUGCAAAGAAGAUGGAGUUAUUUGCAAAUAUAUUUCGGGUUGUCGUGCUGCAGUGUGUUUUUAUGUUAAAAUGAAAGAUAUGCUACUCGUAAUUGUUGAGCAAACACCGCACUGGAUUUUUUUUAACCUUACGUUUUUAGCAGCAUCAGUUUUAUGUAAAAUUGAUCUCUCCCGAAACACAAAAUCAGAUUUACUGUAUCUAUAUACAAGUGCUCUCAGACUGUUGUACAUAUUCAGUAUUUUGGUAGUUUAUAUCAAUGUUUAAAUCAUUUAUAAAUAUUCCCAAAUAUUGCAUUUUAUUUUUGAUUGUUUAAAAAAAUUCUGUAACUCAAUCCAAAUUAUAGCAGUAAAUAUAUGAACAUUCAAUACCUCAAAAUAUUUUUACCUAUUAAGCUUUGAGUUAUUUUGCUCCUGCUGUAAUGUUUGUCUUGUUGUUGUGUAUCUGUUUCUGAAUAGAUUUGAAACCAGCUCUGAAUGAACAUGUUCAGAAAAUUGUUUCUCUACAUCUCUUUUGCAUGUGUUCUUUGUUAUGAGGAUUAAAGCCAUUGCUUACUAUAUAUUUAUAGUAAAUGCUGUAUUUUCUGACAGUAAAAAACAAUAAACA